AUGGAUUCACUUUGUGAAUGGUGUGCUAAUCAACCAGCUGAUAGCCGAGUAACAAAUAAUUGUCAACACAAGUUAUGUUGUAAAUGUAUUAUUGAUGAUAGAACAUGUCAAUCGAACUGUCCAAUGUGUUGGUAUACGAAUGGAUCAAAAUUUAUAAGUAACAAUAAAAUUUGUGGUGUAUGUUGUAGUGGAAUCAAGGUUGGUGAUAAAAGUUUUCACUGUAAGGAAGGUGAACAUGGCCACUGUUCUGAAUGUUAUGAGAAUGGUUGUAUAUUAUGUCAAUUCCGUAAAACAAACUUGUGGAAUGGUGUGUAUCGUACUCUUGGGGCGAAUUCUCAACAAGUGUUAUAUACAUGUCAUACAUGGGAAACGAAAUAUGAAGAUUUCAAACAAUCAACGAUGAACAGUAAAAUGGCAUUGGAUAGAGACGAUCCGUCACCUAUGGAAGUUGACGACAAAGAAUACUGUAUUUCAGGUCAAUAUCUAUCACAAGAGCAUACAAAGAAAUCUUCAACAAAUGAAGAAGUUGGUGAUUGUAUGAUAUGUCUAGAAAAGCUGGGUUCAUCAUAUCAUAAACUUGAUGUAUGUGGUCAUCUUUUUCAUAAAUCAUGUAUUAAUCAGUGGUUUCAAUCUAAUGGAAAACAAUCUUGUCCCAAUUGUGGAUAUGUCUAUGGUAUUAGCAAAGGUCCUCAGCCUUCUAAUGGUCAAAUGAUAUGCAAAUUACUUCCAAUACCUUUACCUGGAUUUGAAAAUGAAAAAUAUGGAUCUCAUGAAGCACCAACAAUUGAAAUAACUUAUAGAUUUCCACCGGGUAUUCAAGGUCCUCUUAAUCCAAAUCCAGGCAGUCAUUUCAGUGGAACAACACGUACAGCUUAUUUGCCAAAUAGCAAAGAAGGAAAAGACGUAUUAAAAUUAUUAAAAAAAGCAUUUGAUGAUCAACAUAUAUUUACAAUAGGAAGAUCAUCAACAAGUGGUCAGGACAAUGUUAUCACUUGGAAUGAUAUUCAUCAUAAAACAAGUAUUCAUGGUGGACCUGAUCGGUUUGGUUAUCCAGAUCCAACAUAUUUAUUUCGUGUUCGUCAAGAACUUUCCGAUAAAGGAUACAAAUAA